ACAACUUCCAGAUCCCUACCUGAGCCCUUCUCUUCAUAGGUACGAUCUGGAUGCCGUGUCCUCGGCUUCUCUGGUUCCGCCGCCACCGAUCCUCCCAGGGCUCAAGCCCGGGCUCCCCAGGUACCCUCUCUGCACCCAGGUCCCCUAGCAGAGGCGAAAAUGAGGACGCAGAAGAGGAGGAGGGCGAUGGCAACCCCGGCGAUAGCCCCAUCCUGCCCCCUGCAUCCCCCAUGGAGUGCCUUAUCUGCGUGUCCCCCUUCGACGGUGUUUUCAAGCUACCAAAACGCCUGGACUGUGGCCACGUCUUCUGUCUCGAGUGCCUGGCCCGCCUAUCCCUGGCUACGGCGGGUGGGGGUGACGCAGUGGCUUGCCCCAUGUGCCGUGCGCCCACACGCUUGGCCCCGCGCCGGGGGCUUCCCGCUCUACCCACGCAGCCGAGUCUGCUGCCUCGCGACGCGCGCGUGGCACCCCCACGCCAGGGCUCCGUGCGAUUCGACCGCCGCCGAGGGCUCCUGUACCUGCGGCCACCGCCACCGUCUCCGGGGCCACGCAAGAGCCGCACAGUGCGAGCGCCGCCGCCUCCACCCCCGCUGCGCCUCGGCCGCCCACUGUCGCGUCGCCUAUCCAUGAGCAGCCCCACAUGGGCCUUCAACGCGGCAGUGGCUCUGGCGGUGCUGGUGGCUGCCGGCCUCGUUGUCUCUGGUGUCUACAUCUUCUUCCUCAUUCCUCAUGUCACCACCACCAGCCUUGCGCGGCCUCAGGUCGUAGCUCUGAGCCCUGAUCCUAGCUUCUGGCAACCGCCCCAGCCCACACCAAUAGCAUCCUGGACCCACGCCUCCUGGACGCCGCGCCCCACAAAGCCUGACCUGGACCUGGAUAGUACCCUGCCAGAGGCUACCAAGGACACGCCAGAGCCUGAGGAAGCUCCCAAGGACCCAGGCACCCUGGAUACACCACCGGAUCAAACACCUAAGGCAGAGACUGACCUUGGCUGGAACCUGCAGGCACUGGGUGAAGGGAAAAGGUUGUAACUACAGUAAUAAAUGCCUCAGUGCUAUAAGCCCUUUCUCCUGGCCUGAGGAUUUCUGUGUUAUCCUGAAGGGCGUUAACAGAAUGCAUCUCUCCAGACUGGGGACUGAAAAGGCAAGAACUCUCUCAAACCACUGUAAUCAUGAGAAUGUCUGAUUCCCAUGAACAUCUAGCUGAAGGUACCAGGCCAUGACCUUUGUAAGGGUCCUACUGACAAUUACUUCUGAACCACAUCCUUGUGUAAGUCUAGUUGGGGUACCCCUGAUUCUCAUCUCUGUGGAAGUCCAGCUGGCCUCUCCCCCAAUGACAUCUAUACAGGACUGUGUCAGGGUACCUUAGCUUUGAUCUUGAUGGGAUGCUAUUAGAAGCACUUCAAAUCAUCAUCACCACAGCCCGCUAAGGGAGACACUCCUGGUCAGCUCUGGGGAUGAAGGCUCCGAUCCACUCAUCCUUUGGACUCACCACAGUGGGGCUGGGGCCCCUAUCUUUGGAGUACAAAACUGUUGUUACUAUUCUGAUUAUGUGUCUUGCUGCCCACAUCUAGUCUGUAAAUUUCAGCACCUGCACACCUGACGAGGACUUUGACUUGGAGGGCCAGGGGUGGCCUGGCUAGGAAUGGGAGGGGCCCUGACUUCUGAAAACUGGUUCCCAUUUGGAAGGUAUAUCCCAAACAGGUCUGGGAGUUUGAUGUCUCCUCCAGACUUUGGUUUCUGACACCUACUCAAUACCUUGCCGAACAGUUGUGAUCAUCACGGCUUGGAGAGUUAAGGCUUCCCUGUGGCUCAGACAGAAUCACUCAAUAGGAGAAGGCCCUGGCCCUCCAUAGCUUAUGUGAGAGAUGGCUGGUCCUGUGACCAGUUUAACCCUAUUAUCCCCAUUUUUCCCCUUCUCUGGGGCUCCAUCAGCUCUGCCCAGCCUUCCCUCUAUGCCGCUGCUGAAGUCGAAGCCUUUCCAGUGUCCACCUCUAUGGAAGGUGGCUCCUGUCUUCCUUCCAAAAGCCUUUUUGGCGUAGACACAGAGUAGGAGGAAGGCAGCUAUUCUCUGCAUGGCCUGACCACAGACCUCUGAAACGCUGUGUCCUGGCUUACCUCACUUGGCAUGAGACAAUGUGUGUUAAGGGUAGGCAGCAUUUUCCAGAAUGAAAUGUGACUUCUACGUAUCUGGAGGCCUCUGUGUGGUUUAUUUACAUGUGUGUCCUCAGCACCAGGAAUCAUCUGGUAGAGAAUGGUUGUCGGGGAGUGACAGCAUCAGAGAUGACCGAGAGGUAGCCUGGGAAUGCCCAUGAGCACUCUAGGCUUGCAAGCUACCAGCUGCCAGGGGGCCCUGGCAUGCCUGUGGGAUCAACUCAGCUGCUGCUACCAGGUAGGAAGCCAGAGGAAGAACAUCAGGGAAGCCAAGGGCGUGUCUUUGCAGACCAGUUCUUGGGUCACACCCGGGUGCCAACGUCAUCCACAGAGACUGGGAUCAAUGCACUGGAUCACUGGGAACCACUGCCCAGCUUCACAGGCUGGUCCAGUGGGAGCAGAGUGGGGGUUCUGUUUUAGUUUUCUCUGGCUACUGUAAAAACUUACCCCUGAUACCAUGUUGUAGAACCAUACACAUUACCUCACGGUUCUGCAGUGCAGAAGCCUAAGAUCCUAUCAUGGGGCUAAAACUGAGGGACCUCACUAAGUGUGGUGGCA